CGCUUCCGGGUGGCGUUUCUCCGUGGCGCGCUGUUGAAGCUGAGCGGUCGCCAUGGAGCUUUCGGGCGAGUACGUCGGUUGUGACGGGGAGCCGCAGCGGCUACAAGUGUCCUGUGAGGCGUCGGGCGACGCGGACCCUCUCCAGAGCCUGUCGGCGGGCGUGGUCCGGAUGAAGGAGUUGGUAGCGGAGUUCUUCGGGACCCUAGUGGAGCAGGACGCGCAGGGCGUGGCGGAAGAUCCGGACGACGCUUUGGAUGGUGAUGAUGAAGAUGAUGCAGAAGAUGAAAAUAACACUGGUAGAACUAACUCAGAUGGACCAUCUGCAAAACGUCCAAAACCAGCAUCUUAACAAUAGUUUUUAAGAAAUUAAGACUGCUACUAGGUUGAGUGAGGUGAUGCAUAUGUGUAAUCCCAGUUAAUUCAAAGGCUGAGGCAGGAGAAUUCAAAGUUGGAGGCCAGCUUGUGUGCUACAUGUCAAGACUUUGCCUAAAAAAAAAAAA